AUGCUCAACCUGCUGGUUUGUAAAACCUUGAUUAGAUUUGAACAAGAGAAUGUCCAGUUGAAGCAGCCAACAUAUUGUGGGAAUCACUUUAUAAAUAAGUGUUCUUCACAUCAGUUCAUGUUUUUAUGCAUUUAUCACUUCAGUAUCAAUUCUAGAUACUUGUUCAAUCACAAUAUUAUUAAAGUUGCCGAGAUGAACAACUACAUUUUUAUAUCUAUCGCUAAAUGCGAAUGUGCCAAACAACUUAAUAGUAAAUAUUUGGAUGUUCAUAGUUUUGUAGUGUGUACUUUACGUGCAAUCGGAAUUUUGAUAAAAUCAAGGAUAAUCAGUGACGAAUGUGUGUUCUCACGAAAUUCAUGAUUAUCAUAUCAAAACGCAAACGUAGUUGUGAUAAACUGUAUCUUAGAAUAGUACAGUCAUUUUCAGAUAACUAGUUCAGUGUGAAAUUAUGUCACUCAAUCUUUAUCUCAACUAAAGAUUAUAAGUUGACAACAAACUA